AUGACGCCCCAUAAGGGCGCGCCGGAACUUUCCCUUUUACGCUGGCGCAACGCAGCGGCGAUAGCGGGCGUCGCGACGCCCCCAUGGACGCCGACCGACGGCUGGCGGGAGCGCGCGACCCCGCAGUCCCCGCCCGCACCUCGUCCGACCGACAUGCUGCUCUUCCUCAGCUGCUUGUUCGCGGUGACGUCGGCGAGCGCCCCGGGCUACCACCAGCAGUGGCUGCAGCAACAGCAGUGGCACCAGGAGUGGCUGCAGCAGCAGCAGCCCCGGCCCGCGCCGGCCCUGGAGCCCCGCAGCCCCCUGCAGCCCUGCUUCUCCGUGUUCAAGCUGUCCGCCGACACGCUGUCCACCGAGUUCCGACACGUGGCGGCUAGCUGGGGCCACGGCACCAGCGGCUGGUGGGACUACCCGGACGAAGCGGCCGAGUGCGUGUUCGUGCUGGAAGCCCCGGCCAAUCACCGCCUGACCCUGCAGCUGCAUGACGUCAGCGUGCCGCAGGACCAACCAGGAGCGACCGCCAACUGCAGCGACGCCCCUGCCGUCCGCGUGUACAACUACACCAGCCUGGGCGAGCUGAGCCUGGCCGACGAGAUCUGCCGGACGACGGACAGGGGCGUGCUCCUCGCGCUGACCACCAACGUCGCCGUCGUCACCACCACGCUCUCGUCCGGGCGCUUCGACCUGCUGGCGCGGGUCACCCCUCCCGCCGCCCCCGCCCCCGCCCCUCUGGAGGCGGCGCCCGAGCAGCAGGACGCCGGAGGCUCCCUCUCCUACGACGAGGCCGACGACCUGAACGCCCUGGACGGCGACGCGGCGGCGAGCGACGCCGGCAGCACUCUGCGCUAGC